AAAAGUGACUUCGUAUUUUGGGUCUUAGCUUGCAGCCAUGGGAGUCGGAAAGCUGAUAUAUACCAUUGUGUUUGCUUGCAUUGCGUAUCCUACAUAUUCGAUUGUUCAACACUAUCGAAUUGCUAAACGAGUAGGGCUGCCCGUACUUGUCACUCCUGUCAAUCCUUUCAGUCCAGUAUGGUGGUUUCUUGGGAGUUUGCUCUUCCCCUUGAUGAGGCGUGUACCUCUCCAAAUUAUCCAGGACUGGGCCAUGUUUGGUGACAUUGGCUGGCCAUUCGGAGACCGUGGCCAAGUUCAUAAACGAUAUGGUCCGACUUUCCUUAUUGUCACUCCUGGUGGCAGUAACCUGGUUACAAGCGAUCCAAAAACCAUCGAGGAAUGUUUAAGAAGAACCAAUGCCUUCCUUAAACCACCUGUCAUCUACUCAGCUAUCGAAUACUUCGGGCCCAAUGUAGACACUGUAAAUGGUGACGCUUGGCAGCGACAUCGACGUUUGACAACCCCGCCGUUCAAUGAACGAAACAGUGGUUUGGUCUGGAAGGAGUCCUUGAAACAGGCAGAAGGAAUGGCCGCUGAAUGGUCUAGCAAAACCAGCGUCGGUGGUGAUAGAACCCUAGAGGAUACGAAGAAACUUGCCCUUCAUGUCCUCACGAGUGCAGGUUUUGGAAAGAAUUACGACUUCGAGAUUGGCACAACAAAAGUCCCAGAAGGCCACUCUCUAUCUUAUCGAGAUGCCUUGGCGGGAAUAUUGAAAGACAUGCUAGUGUCAAUCAUUGCAGCUAAUGUCAACGCUCCGCUUUGGAUGCUCCCGAAGAGUUGGAGGGAUAUGAAACAAUACCAGGCUGAAUUCAAGAAGUACAUGAUCGAAAUGGCAGAUGAACAACGAGCGUCUAUGAAGGACGAAAUGGGAGCUCCGCAACAAGAUAAUUUGAUGGCCGCGUUGAUUCGCGCAAACGAGGUUUCAAGGAGCCAGGGAAAGGGUCGAUAUAGCCUGAGUGAUGAGGAGAUUUAUGGAAAUCUCUUCAUUUGGAAUCUUGCUGGGCACGACACUACUGCAGGGACCUUGGCAUUUGCUUUCACACUUUUAUCGGUACGUCCGGACGUCCAAGAUUGGAUCGCCGAAGAGAUCAAUGCUGUAUUCGGCGAUACGACGGUAGAUAAAUGGGACUAUGAGAAGUCGUUUCCGAGGUUGCGUAGGUGUCUGGCAACAAUGUAUGAGACACUUCGCCUUUUCGGACCCGUGCCCUCCAUGACCAAGCAAACAUUUUCCCCCCAAAGCCUCGAAAUCGCUGGAGAGCAAUUCCAGAUUCCUGAGAACUAUAUGCUAACAUUGAACCUGACGUCUCUGCACUAUUCAGAGAGCCAUUGGGGCUCCGAUUCGCAUCGGUGGCGACCUUCACGGUUCAUUAAAGAAGGCGAACUUGUCAUCCCUGGGCCAGGUAAUACGUUCAUACCAUGGGUUGCCGGUCCUAGGGUAUGCCCAGGAAAGAAGUUCGCGCAGGUUGAGUUUGUGGCUACACUUGCGAUGUGUCUGAGGAAGCAUCGUGUACAAGCUGUUCCUGAAGCAGGUGAAAGUGAAGCAGAUACGUAUAAACGAGUUUUCGCUGUCGCAAACUACAGCGAAAUGGGUGUUAAUCCUACCCUAAAAAUGGUUCAUCCUGAGCGAGUCAGGCUCAGUUGGAAGCCAACUAACGCAUAGAAGCUGGAACACCAGUUCAGCAGGUCACGCACUCAGCUGGGAGCAAAUGAACAUGCAACAAGACGUCUAGUCGCAGCUCGUUUCGUUUCUAGCGCGUUAAGAAUGACCCCUAUCCUUAGUUUAGAGGAGUAUACUGAUCAAAUAGACAUUUCGCGCCGUG